AUGCCCCACCGCGUGGCUAACUUCAUCCGCACCUCUUCUGGCAACAUUGCUCAGAUCAAGAAGGUUGCUCGCUCACGCACAAACAGCCCCUACACAUCAGACGGCGAGGAUCGACCUCAAAUCCACGCUGUCAAGAUGGCCGAACUCGCAGAUGCCGUUAAGAAGCAUCACCGAAUUUCUCUGCCCUUUGGCAAGUCCCAUAAGGAACAGCCCUCAGAUGUUUCCAUCGACUGGAGCAUCGAGAGCCCACCUGUGGUUUUCCACGGCAACACUGAGGAGAGCACUGGCGCUCUCAUCACUGGACAGAUGUUCCUCGAUGUCAAGGAGGAGGUUGUCGAGGUUGGAAGCUUUGCCGCUUCUCUCAAGCUUCACAUCUACCAGAAGAGGCCCUACCAGAGCCACUGCACAGAUUGCCAGAACCAGUACACUGAGCUCAAGAGCUGGCAAUUCCUAGCUCUCCCUACCACACUCCGCAAGGGUCGUCACCCAUUCCCUUUCUCUAUUCUCCUGGAUGGCCACCUCCCCGCUACCAUGGAUACUCCCCUCGUCGCCAUCUCAUAUGAGUUCAAGGCUGAUGCCUAUGUCACCAAGAGCAUGCACUCAUCCAGUGGCUCCGUCACGCCUGUGCGAUUCGAGCGAACUGUCCCUGUUAAGCGAUCUCUCCCCGAGAACGAAAUUCCUCACCACUCUGUCCGCGUCUUCCCCCCUACCAACAUCAAGGCCAGCGCCCACUACAACAACAUCAUCCACCCUACCGGAUCCAACACUGUCAGUCUCCGUCUUGACGGUCUCAUGAGCCGCAACGACAAGGCCAAAACCAUUGACUUCUGGCGACUAAAGAAGGUCACAUGGAGACUCGAGGAGACCAUCAAGACCGUGGCCCCUGCUUGCGACCGACAUGCUCCUGCAGCUGAAGACACCGAGAAGAAGAGCCUUCCCCGCAAUGAGGUCCGCGUCCUGGGCGAGAAGCACCUCCACGAUGGCUGGAAGUCUGACUUCAGUGGCACCGAUGGCAAGGUCGAACUUGAAUUCGAUUACUUUGCCAAUCAGUACAAGUCUCACACCAAGGAGCUCAAGUAUGCCUGCGAUACCAAGUCUGCUGAGGGCGUCGAAGUGACACAUUCACUACUCAUUGAGCUUGUUGUCUCUCGGGAAUACGCUCCCGAGGGUAAGCCUCAACUGGCUACCCAAACCGGCACCGGCCGCAUCCUGCGAAUGCACUACGGUGUUGUCAUGACUGCUCAUGCUGGCAUGGGUGUCAGCUGGGAUAACGAGGCUCCCCCGGUCUACCAAGACGUUCCUCCUAGCCCCCCUGCCUACCCUGCCAUUGAGUCCCCGGUUGAGUACGAGAGCCUGGAGCACCUCGAUGCCCACCGACUCAGCAGUCUUUCCAACGCAUCAGAUGAUGGCAGCCAAUAG